CGCGAAAGUACUUUUGCCGCUUUCUCAGUUUGCUUUCAAAAUGUCGGAUAAUGCCUACAUGUCAAUGCUCAACAAUCCCAGUAUCAAUCCUCCAGUUGGACAGAGUAAUGUGCAACUAGAAAGGGUGUCACCGAGCAAGUUUUCAGAACCCAUUGGUACUAAAGCUGCGGCCGCCAAGCAAAGAUUGGAACAAGUCACCCAAGAUCUAGUAUACAUUAGCGAAUCAGACGAACCAUUUACUUUCUUCAAUAUCCCCUGGAAAGAGAGCAACUUCCCCUCACUGGAUCAAUUUAUCACUUUAGUGAAUGAGGAUGUGAACACUCAGUCGCAUGACGAGGAGCAGUCUACCAGAACUUCAACUAGCAUGGAACAAUUCUUUGAGCCAUUGACCGGCGGAGACGAUCCAUACAAUCAAGCGGCAGAGUAUGUACAGCUUCAAGAUACUUUUGUUGAGCUGUUUGGUCAUCGUGUCCAAGUGUAUUCCUUUGGUUCUUCAGAGAUCAAGGUUUACAUCGCAGGUAAUUGCGAAGACGGACUAGUUGGAGUUAAGACAGCCAAGGUCGAGACAUAAACCUGUUGUAUGAUAGAAGAAAUUUGUAUAAUAAACUGAAAGAGCGCCAUUCGCUCAACAUUUACGACAUUGUCACA